AUGCGCGACAACUCGCAAUUCGUCGCCAGUCUUCGCGCAGAAUGCCGGUGCAGGGGCGAGAAGGGUCGCCCGUGUUACCACGCAGACCGCGGGGGCGAUUUCCAGCGUGCUCCGCCUUGCGCCUUCCGCCGACGCAACCCGCGGAGAAAAGGGUGGCGACAGUGGGCGGAGCUGAAAGCGCUGAGGCGCAAAAGCGGGCAGGCGGAGCAGCGGCGGGGGGAGGGUGGAGCCCGGGCGGAAGAUGAGGGGAGUUUGAGUGACGAGGAGGAGGAGGAGGAGGGGCAUCGGCGGAGGUUGCGUCUGAGGAAGGAGCGGCGGCUGGGGCAGUCGUGGAUCUCGGGCAUUUCCUCCGCCGGCCAGCGCGCGUUCCGCCGGCUGCUGCUCGGCGCGGACGGGGAGCGGGGGAAGGCGGAACGAGUGCUCAGCGCAUCGGCGGAAGCGGAGGCGCAGAGCAACAGGGGAAGGCGGGAAACUUCGGGAGAGUGGAUCCCGGAUGAGACGAGGGCGGACGCGCGCUGGAGCUCCGCGGAAAGAGCGGGGAAAUUGCGGAGAAAGGGGAAGGGGAAUCGUCGGGGGGGAUCCGCGAGUGAUAUUAUGGCGAUUCCUAAGGGGUUGGGGGAACAAGGGGCGGUGGCGGGAUGCGCUUGCGGUGUUUCACUGGGCGCGCGGGCCGGAAAGAUCGGCGGGAGCUGCGCGGAGGGGGAAGAGGCGUGGCGGGAGCGCGGGAACCCGAUGGUGUCGCCGGUGCUGCGCAUACUGAGCCGAUGCGACCGCCCGAAUGAAGCGGACGAUCUGUUUCGCUCAUAG